AUUGUAAGGAGCGUAACUACGUGUUAUUAUACAUAUUUAAAAAUUAAUUUUUAUGAAAGAGGAUCUUAUGUCUUCUAAGAGUAGUCUAUGGUCAUGAUAGUUAUUGGCAUAGAAUUCUUUAAUCUUUCCUCCAUGUGUCAAACUAACCAUGUUUAGACGUGUUAAUCAUUAUAGAUGUUAAUUAGAAACCCGAAAAAUGGUGUCGAUUAUUAAAAAUCAGUUACUUAAACAUUUAUCAAGAUUUACAAAAAAUCUAUCAGCUGAUAAAAUAAAUUUGAGUACGUUUAAGGGAGAAGGAGAGUUAACUAAUUUAGAAUUAGAUGAAAUAGUUCUAACCGAUUUAUUAGAAUUACCAUCAUGGUUACGAUUAACAAGUGCUUGGUGUAAUAAAGUUUCUUUUCGUAUACAAUGGACUAAGUUAAAGAGUGUUCCUAUUUUGUUGAAAUUGGAUGAAGUCCAUAUAGAAGUAGAAACAUGUGAAGACUUAAGGAAUAUGUCUUCCAAUCAAGGGCUAUCAUCUUACGCAGGUCCAACAAAAUAUUCUCUUAUUCAUAAAGUCAUCGAUGGCAUUACGGUUAAUGUUAAUACAGUGUCAGUUACUUUUAAAAGUCCUGCUUUUAUUGCAUCUGUACAGAUGAAUCGCAUUGUCGUUGAAUCUAAAUCAGCUACAUGGCAACGUUGUGACUUAAGAACUACAAGACUAAAAGAUCCAGAUCGUGGGCAGUUAUUGAUUUUUAAGGAAUUAGAAUGGCAGACUGUAAGAAUAGAAGCUCAAAGUACUAAAGAUACUAAUUUAACGCCUCUUCGUUUACUUACUAACCAAGCGAGAUGUUUAAUUACUAUAAAGAAAAGAAUAUCAGAUUGCUUUAUCAUGGGUUCAAGACUGAUACUCAUAUUAGAUGAUCUCUUAUGGGUUUUAACAGACUCUCAAUUAAAAGCAGCAUUACAUUUCAUAGAUUCUUUAGGAGGUCUUAUAGAAAAAGCAACUAUGUUGGAGAGAAAAACAAAAGCAGCAAGAAAGUUAGAGGUUUUACCAGAAUAUCAAGCACAAAUUUCUCAACAAAGUAGAACAAAAAAUCAGUUUAAUACGCCAAUAUCUAAAUUAUUUUCAAAAUAUGAUGUUGUGGAAACGUCUUAUCACUUUUGGUCUCAAAGAAUCGAUCUUCAUUUGUGCGAUGAUGUUGGUGGAGGUAGGUCAUUACAUCCUGAUUUGAGGGAUGGUGGUGCUCUGCAAAUAUCAUUAGUUAAAUUCUAUAUUGAUUAUUAUCCGUAUCAUCUCGCAAUGGCUGAUAGAAAAGAUUGGGUUAAAUAUAGAGAAAAUGCUACACCUCAUAGUCAAUGGUUACAACAAUCGUUGAGUUCUUUUAGAAGCCAAUUUAUGGAUUUGAUUGAUUCUGGUAGAACACAACAUUCUCCAUUAACAAGAAGUCAAGGAAAUGUUACAGGCAGUGCUACAAAAAGUUCUGGAGAAACUUUGGAAAAAAAUAGUCAAUCACAGGGUGCAAAUGUAGGAUCUCAAGAACAGAAAAAGUUUCAAGGUUCUAGCGGAAAUCCAGUGAAAAAUUAUGUUCUCGAACAGCUUGCUAAAUUAAUGACAACUUGUAUUAUCAUUAGAAUUGAUGAUUUUACAUUGUUCAAAGUUACUACCUCAUCACGCAAGUCUGUACCAAAGGAAUUUAUUACAGCUCAAACGAGGAAAAAACGUCUAUCAGGUGACCGAGAUAGAUUCUGUCUUCCCGAAGAUUUAACUAUUCUUCAUGCAGAAUUUACCUACUAUUAUUAUCCCGGAGAUAUAACUUUUCCAUUACCACCGCCAAAAUUUUAUGUGCAAGUAAAUCCAAUUCAAGUUAACUUUGAUGUAUGCUCCUGCCUUUGGUUUAAUUCUUUUCUAUUAAAUCUGCACCAUUCGCUAAUGAAAAAGGAUGAACCAGCAAAUUUAAAAAAUAUGAUGUAUUUUGAUGUCAAGAUAGAAGCUAUUCUUCCAAGAAUAGUUUUUGAAAAUCAGCAAGAUUAUCCUAAUCAAAAAGAUAGACCUAAAUCCCUACAUAUUCAGACUUCUAGAGCAUCAAUUACAAAUGUUCGAUCAGUGGAAAGAUCUUCAAGAGCUGAUUUAGCACAAUGUUUAAAUACAUUUCAAAUGGGUCAAAUGUUUUUCGGAGCUGAAUUUCCAAGCAAAGAGAAUGAUUUUCAUGUUGUAACUGAUAAAUUUUUAGCGCAUUGUGCAGGUACAGAUAAUAUUAGAUCUGCUCCAUCAAAUUUUACUAGUAAUUCGGUGAACGAAUUAAUUCGACAAUUACAUCGUGAAUUUUUAUGGACAGAAGCGAAAGAUGUAUGGUGUUGCAAUUUAGAGCCAGUUUGGGGUGACUUUUUUGGUGCAAGGGCAGUAGGACAGAAUCGUCCAGUACCAUUUUUCGAUGCAUUUCCUUUAACAUUUUGGUGUCAUAUGAAUUUAGAACCAGUAACAGAAACAAAAAACACUUUAUCUGCAGAUAUUCAUGGACUUGCAUAUAUAAGCAAUUUAGUUAGCGUACAAAUAAAUCAUUAUCAAUAUCUUUUUUUAUUAAGAUUGUCAGAAGUUUUAUCUGAAUUGACAACGUAUUUAGCUAUUGAUUCAAAUAAGAUAUUGAAUGUUGAAUCUGGUGGUUCAUUAAUAAUUGGUGCAUUAAUACCACAAAUAGAGGUGACAUUUGUAAUGCCUUCGCAUACACCUGGAAAAGAAAAUUCUGGUGGAGAUUUGGAAUCCGUUGUACCUGAUUCAUCUAGUAUAGCAGAUGAUUUUGCUGGAUCAUCUUCAGCUUGGCACAAUUCUACGCAAGUCAGUGCAAAGGUUGAUUUUAGUAUUAAGAAAAUGAACACAAGCAAUGAUGUUGAAACACCACAAAGUGAAAUAUCAUCGAUGUCAAUGGAUUUUGCACAUCCUGUUGUAAUAGAACAACCUAUUGUUACAUUUAAACAGAAUGGCAAUACAGAUAAACGUGAAAAUGUGCAAACAAGUAUCGCUCAUGAAAAACCUCAUAUGAUUACAGAAGAGGAAAGUUUAUCAUUAAAACAAGGAGGAGAUGCUAUACAAAAACCUAACAAACCAGAUUUGAUAUCAAAUACACCUUUCAUUCAAAAUAAUUUUAACGUUGGUUUAUCUUCUAUGAGAAAAGGAUUUAGUAAUUUAAUGACGUCCAUUGAUUCUGCUUUAAAAGCAUCUCCUGAGGAUGGUAGUAGCGAUACUGUAUCUAUGAGGAGUGAUUUAAGUUCGGAUAGUGAAAAUUAUGCAUUAAUUACUCUUCAAGAUCAAGAGAAAUCGGAUGGAAUAUUUGCGGUUGAUAAUAACAUUAGAAUAACUGCUGUGGAAGAAGCAAGCGAAGUUGUAGAAGAAACUCCAGACACACAAAGUGAAAAAUCUAUUGACAGCGUUUGUAAAAGAAAAGAUAUAAUAUCUGUUACUACAUUUAAAUUAUCCAAAGUAGAAUUUAUUACACAAUCUUCUGGUUACUCAUCAGCAAUAAAAGUUCAAGUGUCUAAUAUAAAAAAUAAUGAAUGUUCAUCUAUACCAUGGGACGAAUUUCAGGUCAAGAGAAAGACUAAAUUCAGCUCUCGAUCAAGAGGUUGGACCGAACUACCAUCAGAUUCGGAUUGUAGAACGUGCAUCAAACUACGUUUAGACCACGAUUUAAAAAAUAAAGAAGAUUCAUUGAGACUGUUCCAAGCUUGUCAGAGUAUUAAAAAUAAUUCAUUGGAAGAUAAUAAAAUAAUCAAAGAGCAAGCCAAUGAUAUUAAUUUACUGGACAAGCAGAGCAUCAUGGAUUUGUUUGAAGAUAAAUUGGAAAUUAAUGUAACUGACUUAACUAUGACACUGUCCAUGAGCUCUGUUACAGGUUUAGCGGAUUUAGCAGAGGAUGAAAUUAUACCUAAACCUAUUCCAAUGCAGAUAUAUCUGGAAAGAAUAUUUCUUCAUUUGAAUGAAGAUCGGCCUCCAACCAAUAUAACAUCACCAGGUCCAAUUCCCAUACAAUUAAAUAUAUCAAAACUUAGAAUAGGAAGGGAUUUAAGUGGUGCCUUUAAUAUUGAACCAAUUGUAACUAUAUUGGAUAAGAGUAAUUCCCAUAAAUUAAAUCCAAGUGGUAACAAUCAAAUUUCUAAAGACGAAGAGCGUGAAAUAGAAUUGAAUUCUUUAAGACAAACAAGUAAACAAUUGAAAUCUGAUAACGAAGAGCUCAAACGACGUCUUGGAACUUUAGAAAGACUUUCGGAAGAGAAUGCAAAAUUAUUACGUAUAAAAGAAGAGUCAGAUAUGAUUAAAACUCAUUACAAUUCUGCGCAAGAGAAUAUCGCAUUACUUAUUAAAGAAAAACAAGUAUUACGAGAAACAAUAACGGAGCUUCAAAAUCAAAUAAUGGGUAAUGGACCAGGAGGUAGUAAUAGAACAUCAUGGUCUAUCAAGAGAUAGCAUACUGGCUGUUUUAAUUGUUCUAAAUGUUGCAGUUCUGUUCCUCAAAAGGCUAUAAUCUCCUAUUGAUUGCAAUCAGAGCCAUAAACAGAUCUGUGUUUGUCACAGACUAGGAUGAUAGGAAUGUUUCUUCCAGAGUGUGGCUUUACUUGUAACUAUAAUUAUUGUAAUUGUACUAUAUUUAUCUGCCAUAUAUAAUGCUAGUAACUGCCGUUUAUUUUAAAUGCAGAAUGACAAAAUGAGGCAGUAAGUAAAUAUACUUAUAUAUAUCUAAUCAUACAUGAAAUGUCAUAUUUGCUUUUAUACAAAAUG